AGGAUACAUCUUUUAUACACUCAACGUGCCUUGCAAGCAAAUGAAAACUCUAUAUGACCUGGAAUUUUCACCUCAAUAUCAAGAGGAACUGAUACUCAACGGCGCCACCAACAGCAUCCACUCUGAAUACCGAAAGUCGACUAAGCAGCUCGGUGAUGAAAUUGUGACUGAACCGUUUCCCUGGGCAGGUGGUUCGAUCAAAAGGUGGUACUGGGACUUCCUAAUCAAUUUAACCCUCGACCUUCCACUCGCAGUCUAUGCGCUGGUUUUGCCCUAUCGUCUUUUGCCUUCUUCUGUGAUAGCAGUUGUUCUGCUGCAACAAGUGACCAAUAGGCUUGCCCUAAGCAUCGGCAAAUAUGGGAUGAAUACAUUGAUAAAGAGCUUGUGCCUUCAGGCAAAGUGGCUCUACGAUGCUAUCGGGUACAAGAGCAAAAUAUACAAUGGACUGAUGUUUUAUCCAGAUCCCUCACAAGGUAGCUCAUCGAAUGGGAUGAAAAUAUCUUUUCGACAAGUAUUGCUUCGUUACGAGAAAUGCAGUCGCAAAGCUCUUGACAAUGUCACCCUGGAGAUUGCUCCUGGUCAGCUUGUUCUUGUUGUCAGUGUCAAUGGCAGUGGUAAAUAUUCGUUAUCGAAGCUCAUUGCGCGUCUCUCCAAUCCUACUGAAGGGGAAAUUUUGAUUGAUGAUAAUUCAUUGUCGACGUAUGAUUCCGAUGAUCUUCCCCUGUUGUUUCCCAUGUUGGUGAAGGAGAACAUCUGCCUUGAGUUGCCAUCCUGUGUUUAUGUGACCAAUGAGCAAAUUAAAGAAGCAGCCAAAAUGGGUAGUUGCAUGAACUGGGUUUCAAAGUUGCAGAAUGGCUAUGAUACACAGGUCAAACCUACCCAUGACAUCGGGAAUGUGUGGGCCAACGGAGCUUAUGGCACUAUCUCUGAGAGAUUAUGGGAAGAAUUGGCGCGUCAUAACCAGCAGAUAGUCACGAUCUCAGGUGGUGAAAAACAACGACUUGCAGUGGCUAGAACUUUUAUGAGGAUUAAUCACACAGACAUCAGACUAGUCGUAGUCGAUGAAGCCACGUCGUCUUUGGACGCUAUCAUGGAACGCGAUAUUCUUUCUCAGUUUCACCAUGUCCGCCAAGGAAAGACGAUGAUCCUUGUCACCCAUCACUUCCACCAUCUUGUCAAGGAGGCUGAUCAGAUCAUGUAAGUAAAAACACCGUUCUAGCCAUAGAUGAAAUUGAUACCUCGUGGCAGAUGUAUGAAGGAUGGAUGCGUGGUCGAGUGAGGGACACAUCAUCAACUGAUCGAAGACGAUGGCGAGUAUGCGAAGCUGUAUAAUGCGCAAGUUCUCUCGGCGUAAUCCUGGAUGCCUUUGCAUCAGUGAUUUGUGACUCUUGUGCUAAUGUUUCUCGUACGCUUCUCGUUUAUGUUCCCCCAUCUUAAUAUUGUGCCCUUAAUUGUGAUAUCUGUUGCUGUAACCUUUUCAAUUCGAGUCUCAAU